AUGAUCCGGAACCUGGCAAGCUAUGUUCAAUACCCCAGGACCUACAUGAUUGAAAGAGAGAACCAGCUCAACUUCUUGGCUUUCCAGUGUGGACUGGUAAUUGACCGUUCUCCAGGAGUCAACCAGGCCUGCAGCGCCCAGACUGGGUCUGCUGAAGAUCCCAGUGUCAUGGACGGAGAAGCUACCUACCGACGGCUGUCCCUGCAGAGGGCUGUUGCUGAACUACUCAUCCCUGUGGGUUUGCCUGGGAGAGCAGGAGAUGGCUUCCGAAAGCAGGUGACUCUGGAACGGCUGUUGUGGAGUGCAGAAAGCGUGGGGUGCUCCCUGGAAAAGGGGGAGCUUCAAGUCACAGUGCGUGCAAGGGCACGGGGCGCUGCAGAGAACAGACAGACACGAGAAGGACUGACUGACGGAAGACGCCAUCCAAAGGGGUCAGAUGCGGUCAGCUUGGGAGGAACGCAGCGUCGUACAGGAGGCCAGCAGAGAUGGCGGCACAAUCGAAAGGAGCCUUGGGCGCCCACAACCGCCCUGCUUUCCCCACUCCAUCUCUCACAAUGCUCCUGUCAGAGGUUGCCCAAAACCCAGCCUCGCUGCACCGGUCGUGUGUGUGUGCGGCGCCCUCAGCUCGAGACACUAGUAGCUUUUCCUCAUAGGUAAAUGCUGUGGGAAAGGGUGCUACUGGAUUUCAGAACCGGUAGCUGCCGUCACACGGUCAUCCAAACAAGCUUCUGGGUGGGCUGAGAGAUGCUCGUAUACCCUCCAUGACAGCAGGACCCAAGAGUUUAAAACCUGAAGUAAGUUUUAAAAUACAGUUUAUCUUAGGAAACAUCCGAUACUGAUUUUUUUUUUUUAAGAUUUUUUUUCUUCCUGUUAGGUC